CACAACUUUGAACAACAAAUUCUCCGCACAUGGGACUCUCUCUCUCUCUUCUUGGUUUCUCUCUCUAACCUCAGGAGACAACAAUGGUGAGAUUUGAGAGAUGAUGAAGAGGAGGAGAAAGUGUAUGAGUGGGUUAUGCAUCUUCCAUGGCCUGUUGUAGUACUCAUUCUGCUGCUUCUUCUUCUUAUGCCCUUCUUCAACCUUCACCAUUGCAGAUAAGGAACAUCAACAUGAAAAUUAGUAAUAACUCUGUUAUGUCUUCAAAAAGACCAAAUUUUGUUCUGCUUUGUUCCAUCAAUGGCAACAGAGAUUCUUACACAACCGUCGUUUCUGAGGCCGUUAGACUUUUGGGUGCUCCAGCGAGGUUCGAAGCUUCAAAGCUAAAAGUAGUUUUGACGAGAGAGGAAGUGAAUAACAAGUAUGCUGGAGUCAUCCCAAGAACUUACAUCUUGUCUCAUUGUGACUUCACUGCUAACUUAACCUUAACUAUCUCCCAUGUCAUCAACCUUGAACAGUUAAGAGGGUGGUACAGCAAGGACGAUGUGGUUGCGGAAUGGAAAAAGGUGAAUGGUGAAAUGUGUCUUCAUGUCCAUUGCUUUGUGAGCGGUCCUAAUCUAUUGCUAGAACUCGCUGCUGAGCUCAGAUACCAAAUAUUCUCCAAAGAAUUGCCUUUGGUUCUCAAAGCGGUACUUCAUGGAGAUUCAGCACUUUUUACAGAGCACCCUGAGCUGCUUGAUUCUUUGGUUAGGGUCUAUUUCCAUUCAAGCUUGCAAAAGUACAACAAAAUGGAAUGUUGGGGUCCUCUCAGGGAUGCUAUAGAGGGAAAGCAAGAGGAUAGAGUGCAAAGGCUAUUAAGUACAACCAAAAGUAAUGGUUCUGUUCCAGCUAGCAGCAAAUGGAGAAGUCCAAAAUCCAUAUUUCAAGCUCUUUUUGCCUUCCUUCUUUAACCACCUCCAUUAUUGCACAGAUAAUGAAAAAAAGGUAAUUUGUAUAUCCAUCUUUCAUGUCAAAAGGCUCAAUGACUGCAACACAGAAAAGACUUCAAGAGGCCACGUAAACGGCUCAAUGGGGAUAUUAUUGGCAAAUUUUCAGAAGCCAAAACAGAUCAAGCUGAUGUUUAACAGGACUAUUUCAGGAUGCCAUUG